AUGGCUGAUCAUUUUCAGACAGUUCAAAGUAGGAAUUUUAUAUCAGAUAACCUUGUUUCACUUAAAAGAGAUCUAACAAAUGAUGCUCACCGCUUUGAUUUUCUUGAAGAGCCACGAAAAUUUUCUUCGUUUGGAGAAACUACCUACGCUGAUCAUUUUGGACCAAAAACAAAUCUGCCUCCAGCAAUUGAAAUAAUCGGCGAAGGUCCAAUACUAACCCCAUUAUCAAGUGAAAGAGCGAAACAUUUAGUCUCAACAACACAAUUUGAUUUUGAUGGUAAACGGUUUGGAUCCUAUUCAGGAAAUCAAUUUCUGAAAGAGAGUUGCAAAUGUCACCGCGCACAAGACGAAUUUAGCAAAAUGAAAUCAGAUGUAUUUGGAAACCCUUCUGAUAUUCUGACAACAAUCGGACCUAUUCCUCUGAUGAAGACUUGUCGUCGUGUUCAGCGAUGGGAUACCACAUAUGGAACGGAUUACAUUUUUGUACCUCCUGCUGAACGUAAAUUCCCUUUCUCUGGCUGA